GUGGAGCUGAGAGCAGGUGACAGCGCACGACAAGGCCCGAACUUUACAGCCGAACCGCUCUCUGAGCAGCGGGGACAGUCUGGACAGGAAGGCACAGGCGGCCAUCUUCCAGAAAACUAGAAGAACGACUGUUUAUAAAAAUAUCUCCAAGGUGAUCAUGUCCUCCAAGAAGAAUAAAAGCAAAUCAAAAAGACCGAGUGAGGGGGAUAAUUCACUGGGACAGAAGGAUGAGUCCUGCAAUCUGCAAACAUCUGGACUGGAUGGAGGAAGAAGCAGAAGUUCCGACUGCAACUCAUUCUCUGUUAUAGAUUUCAUUGAAAACGCCGAUGACAAAACACCAAAAAGUUGCCGAUGGACUUUAGCCCAGCUGAGCCUCAGUUCUAUGAAGCCGGCCGGUGUUUGUAUCGGGAGACCAGUCCUGCUGACGAGUCCGUCGGGGCAACAAGAGGUGUGUUUGGGUUGGCCUGUUGCAUCGUUUCCAGGGGGAAAAGUUGGUCUUCAGAAAUGUGCUCAGAACAAUCUGAAGGUUAAGCUGAGGGAGGUGGUGACGCUGCACCCGGUAACGGGUCCCGUGGUCCAGAUUGAAGAGGUGGUUCUCUCUAAUCGCUCUAAAGAUGACACAACGGAUACAGAUGAAUUCAAGAACUUCUUUGUGAGGACUCUGGUUGGAAGCAUCAUCUUGCCCGGGAAUGUUGUCUCUUUGAGUUAUUUUGGCCGGUCCUGCAGUCUGUGGGUCGAAACUAUAAAAGGAGAGGAUGGUGUCACCUUGCAGAGAUGCUCUCCUCCUCUGGGAGCGAACGAGGAAGACUCCUCAGUUUUGAACUCCACAUCAGCUGACCUCUCCUUGCAGCUCAGCAUGCUCACUGUAGAUGACGACGGCGAUGUAGCACCAGGCACACCUGGAGGGCCAGGUCCAGCAGCCAGUACCCCCUGCCGAGCGGGCCCUCCUCCUUCCGUCUCGUCGCCUGCUGAUCCCCUCACGCCUUCCUCCACCUCCCUGAAUCCCUCCACCGCCGAGUCUGCAGAAGAUGUCAGUCCAGACCAUUUCAUUACUUCAGCGCAGCCUGGAAAUGCGUCCACAGCACCUCCUCCUGGUUUUAGUUGUAGUGACACGUUCUACUCUGUCACAUGUUCCACUAAAGUCAGGUUUAACAGCAGAGAAUGGCAAAAAGACUCGGAUGAAGAAGCCCCCAAGUCAAAGGUCACAUACAGCAUGAUCGGUGGUCUGAGCAGCCAGCUGGACGUCAUCAGAGAAACCAUCGAGCUCCCCCUGAAACAACCCGAGCUGUUUUCCAACUACGGUAUCUCACCUCCUCGAGGGGUACUCCUUUACGGGCCACCAGGCACAGGGAAAACUAUGAUUGCACGAGCCAUAGCCAACGAGGUCGACGCUCACAUGGUGGUGAUCAACGGCCCGGAGAUCAUCAGCAAAUUUUACGGCGAAACAGAAGCGAGGCUGAGACAGAUAUUCACCGAAGCAUCUCAGAGGCAGCCUGCGAUCAUCUUCAUAGAUGAGCUGGAUGCUUUGUGCCCAAAGCGAGAAGGAGCCCAGAAUGAGGUGGAGAAGCGGGUUGUCGCUUCUCUCCUGACGCUGAUGGAUGGCAUCGGAUCAGAGGGUCACUCAGGCCAGCUGUUGGUUUUGGGGGCCACAAACAGGCCCCAGGCCCUCGACCCUGCCCUGCGCAGGCCGGGACGCUUUGACAAGGAGUUGGAGGUGGGAGUACCUGGUAGUGCAGAGCGGGCCGAUAUUCUGCAGAAGCUGCUGGGUCUGGUGCGGUGCAGCGCCACCACAAAAGAGCUGAUGCAGCUGGCGGACGUCGCUCACGGAUACGUUGGAGCGGAUCUCGCUGCUGUUUGCAAGGAAGCAGGUCUGCAUGCACUGAGACGAGCUCUGGGAAUUUCACACCAAGCGUCUGACCAGCAGCUGAUGGGGACAGUGACUAUCUCUCUGCAGGACCUCCAGUGGGCAAUGACUGUUGUAAAGCCCAGUGCAAUGAGAGAGGUUGCUAUCGACGUGCCCAAGGUCCGCUGGUCAGACGUUGGUGGGAUGGCAGAGGUGAAGCUGAAACUGAAGCAGGCCGUGGAGUGGCCCCUGAGGCACCCCGAGGCCUUUACCCGCAUGGGGAUUCAACCACCGAAAGGAAUCCUGCUCUAUGGGCCCCCAGGCUGCUCCAAAACCAUGAUAGCCAAGGCCCUGGCUAAUGAAAGUGGUCUCAACUUUCUGGCUAUUAAAGGUCCAGAAUUACUGAGCAAAUAUGUUGGGGAGUCUGAAAGAGCAGUUCGAGAGGUGUUUCGGAAGGCGAGGGCCGUCGCUCCCUCUAUCGUCUUCUUUGAUGAGAUCGAUGCUCUCGCCAGCGAAAGAGGAAGCUCCGCAGGUUCCGGCGGUGUAGGCGAUCGGGUACUGGCUCAGCUUCUGACAGAAAUGGACGGCAUCGAGCAGCUCCGAGACGUCACCGUGCUGGCUGCCACCAACCGACCCGACAUGAUUGAUAAGGCUCUGAUGCGUCCAGGCCGCCUUGACCGGAUCGUCUAUGUUCCUCUUCCUGAUGCUUCGACCAGACAGGAGAUAUUUUCCCUGCAGUUCCGUAACAUGCCCAUAGCAGCUAACGUUUCCCUCGAUGAGCUAGUGACUCGGACCAACAAGUAUUCAGGAGCAGAAAUAACAGCAGUAUGCAGAGAGGCCGCCCUCCUGGCCCUGCAGGAGGACAUCAAAGCCGAGCACAUCGAGGCCAGACACUUUGAAAGUGCACUGAACACAGUGAAGCCCCGAAUCCCCGACUCGCUCAUCCAGUCAUACACCAGCUAUCAGCAGCAACACAGUGGCCUCUGCUCCUUCUGACGACACCACUCUGGGCUCAUUAAUACUGUAGUAGCACAGAUUUUACAAGGCAUAUUACAUAUUGAAUUUUGAUCCAAAUGUAUAUACAAAAUUGUUAUUAUUUGUGCUUCAAAAUAAAACUUUGGACAUUUUGUGACUAUCA